AUGUCUUCAUCAUCUUCAGCAACAAUAUUUACACCACAACAACACUCUUCGGGAGACCUUGAACUCGUUCUCAUCCCACAAUCAAUUUCUGCCACUAAAAACGAUUCUCAAAACUCCACCUUGUGCAUCACACUUCCUGACUAUUCAUCAACCAAGUGUGGAUUCAUUGGAUUUAAUGUAACUCUCGAUCCACGAUAUCCCAAUUAUACUCUCAUGGAACAACACAUUUCCGAUGAGUUCGAACGAUUCUAUGUCGAAAUUCAUCAAAAAUUCACACUCAACGACACCUCUCCUGCUUGCAAUCGUUCCAUUCUCAAUUUUAUCUGUUCUUCCAAUUACAAGCGAUGUUUUAAAGAUGAAAAACCGUAUGAUGUUUGUGAUUCAGUGUGUCGAGAAGUGUUCACAUCAUGCUUUCCAGAGGCACCUGAUGACGAUGAACAAUCAUUGAGAUAUUUAGCUGCCAAAGAAUAUUGUGGAAAACCUUCGAAACCCAUUUAUCCAUCUCCUCCCUUGUGUACAAAUAUUUUGGAUCAAACACAGAAUAUCAUUGUCUUGGUAUCAUUGAUUGCAUUAUUGAUGUUUUUAAUUAUUGUCAUUUGCAUUGGAGGAUUCAUGAGUUUUUGUUAUUACAGAAGACAAGCUCAACGAGAACGAUACAGUUCUCUCGCCGGUCACUAA